AUGGACGCAUACCUGCUCAAGAAUCAGCUUGCGCUAACAGCGGACGGUCAGUACGUCCGCUGGGGAAAAUUCAACAAAAAGCAGCCGCGGAACUGGUCGUCCAGCCGAAAGACCUUUGACAGUAGUGUCAUAUUUCUUCUGGAUACUUUUGCAUUUCUCGUGGGCCAGAUUUUCGGGGCCAUUGUCCUUCCGCCCUGGUCGGAGUCGUUUGGCCGCAAAAACCUUUAUAUUAUCAGUUCUGCGGGGAGUACAAUUUGUUGCGUGGUUAUCGGGGUGACGCAUUCGCUGGGCGCGGUGAUACCCGCGCGUAUAGUUGCAGGGUUCCUUUCGGCGGUUCCAUAUACUGUUGGUGGAGGUAGCAUUGAAGAGAUGUUUGAUUCGAGGGCGAGAAUAUGGGUCAUAUUUCUGUGGACCAUUGCUUCGAAUUAUGGAUUACUGCUUGGGCCUAUCAUGAGUACCUACAUAUCCGCCCACCUGGAUUGGCGCUGGGUAUUUUACAUUUACGCCAUCAUAUUCGCCGUCCUCACUGGUCUAUUUUUUAUCAUCAGAGAAUCACGUCCGUCCCUUCUCCUCUCCCGCGAAGUCGCGCGAAUCCGCCACGAGACAGGCAACGAGACCCUGCAGCCGCUCAACCACGACCACACUCCGGACUUAAGAACAUUUAUCCGUAUUUCGUUGUUUCGGCCAUUGCAGUUGUUCUUCGGUGAAUUACUUAUUUUUAUUAUCGCCAUCAUGAUAGCCUUCGCAUUCUCCUUGGUCUACAUCUUUACCGAGGCCCUACAACCAAUCUACGAGUCCAUGGGAUACACCACCGCCCAGGCAUGUCUGGCAUUCGUCGCCAUCGGUGUUGGCGUGCUCUUCAGUACCUUCACGCGGUUUCUGGACCACCGGAUCUUCGAUGCACGGAAGGCCGCCAACCAACCCGUGAAGCCCGAAGACAAGCUGUACGGGCUGGUGAUCGGAGCUCCCAUCUUCGCUGUGGCUCUAUGGUGGUUCGCCUGGACGAUCCCGCCGCGCAUCACGGAUCUCCCGUGGAUCGUGCCGACCAUUGCCCUCGUGAUGAUCGGAUUUGCGCUCAACGAGUUCGACACAGUGCUGUACGGGUAUGUGUCGGAUAGCUACUUGAGCUACGCGGCCAGCGGCACAGCGGCCAUACAGUUUCUGCGGGCAAUGACGUCAGGUAUAUUUCCAUUGUUCACGCGUCAGAUGUUCGAUGGGCUGGGGGCGAAUGUGGCAGUCUCGUUGCUGGCGGCGCUGGCGACGGGAUUCUGCGCGGUACCGGUGUUGUUCAUGUUCUACGGGGAGCGGAUCCGGGCGCGCAGUCGGUUUGCCCGAUUCAGUUUGGAGGUGGAGGAGGAGUUGGGGACGACUGGAUUGGAGAGAGAGAAAUGAUUAUGGGGGUUGGCUCAGUAGUAUGCAAGUAUAUAACAUGUAGGCGGUGGCACGUGGAGAUGGGUGUAAUGAUUGGG